AUGCUUCUCGCCAUGUCGCCAUGCAUACUCUCACCACCUUUCUGCUUUCAGGACACCCAUCUGCUGGAUUUGAGUGCUUUUACCAUCGACGGUGGCCCUAAAAUCACGACCUUCUCUAUUGUACCAAACAUUGGCGUCGAGGAUCGAUAUUUGCGUGGCCAAAUUUUUGAAUUUCUACGUGCAAAGAUUAACAAAAUUGAACGUGCGCAACGUUCUUCAGACAUCCUACCCUUCAUAACGACAUCUGCGGCCCUCAUCUACGACGCCAUGUUGCUAUUUGGACCGGCCCUGUUAACACACGUUAUGAGCGGACAAUUCAGGCAGCAGGCCCUCAGCUGUGAUGCUGAGGACACGUUUUGGUCCGCCGGGGAGCUGUUGGUGAAUACCACUAAAUCGGUAAGCCCUCAGCAUCAAAGUGUGCUCCAAGUAAAUUAUCGGUUGGUUCCUCGCUGCGACUCAGGUCUUCCUGGUCAUGUUUUAGAGUGUUGUUAG